CACGUCUGGACAACAAAAAAAGAAAACAAUCAUGGCGACUGUUGACAUUCGGUUUGUUGGAGCACGUGGUAAAAAAGAUAAUAUCGAAACAGUUGAAGAGAUUCAGAACCUUGUCACACCUGGGGAUAUUAUCACAACAGAUACUGGGUUUAUGAGAGGACAUGGAACUUUCAUGGAAAAUGAGAAGCUUCAUGCUUCAGUGGCUGGUGUGGUAGAACGUGUAAAUAAACUUAUUUGUGUUAAACCAUUAAAGACAAGGUAUAAUGGUGAAAUAGGAGAUGUUGUUAUAGGUAGAAUUAUAGAAGUUUGUCAGAGAAGAUGGAAAGUUGAAACACAUUCUAAACUUAAUUCAGUUUUAAUGUUGUCAUCCGUUAAUUUACCAGGUGGUGAAUUGAGGAGGAGAUCAGAAGAAGAUGAAAAGUUAAUGAGACAUUAUCUUAAAGAAGGCGAUCUUAUUAGUGCUGAAGUUCAGAAUAUUAUGGGAGAUGGUUGUUUAUCACUUCACACAAGGAGUUUAAAGUAUGGCAAACUUGGUCAAGGGACUUUACUUUCCAUAUCUCCUUCUCUAAUUAAAAGACGAAAAACCCAUUUUCAUAAUUUGCCAUGUGGAGCAUCUAUUAUAUUAGGUAAUAAUGGUUAUGUGUGGAUAUCACCAAAUGUAAAUGAAGAAACUGAUAAUACGGGUGGUUAUGAACAAAAUUUAGAGCCUGUACCAAAUGAUGUUCGUAUUGUGGUUGCUAGAUUAAGAAACAGUAUAUUAGCUUUAGCUGAUCACCAUAUGAUUAUAUAUGAUACAAGUAUCAUGUAUGCUUAUGAAGCAUCAUUAUCAUUUACAGUUAAAGAUAUGUUAAAACCAGAAGUAACGUCAGAGAUAAUUGGCUUAGUACAACAAAGAAUGGAGCUAGAAGGAACUUAAAUUUGUAGUAACAGACAUAACUACUCCAAAGUUAUGUUUCAAAUGACAUAAGCCAAUAAACUUUAUUCUGUGCUCAACAAGUGUAUAAAUCCAAGAAUGGACCAGUUAUAACACAAGUGUUCAUGCUACAAGAAAUUGAUACCGCAUGAAAAGAUACUUCAGACAUUGUCGGUUUAAGCCAUUUUGAAAUAUAUUGUUUUGUCCAAAAGAUCUGAAUUCAUAUCACUCUCCACACAAGUCUCGCCAUCCAGCAUUCGACUCUGCCCACGGCUCACGCACUACACUGGUUGACCUAGAGGUCAUUGGUCACUUGAAUAACUAAUGACAUCUGUCAGAAAAGUUCCUGGCAUUAUAAACACUUGAUGAGUUUUAGUCAAUUUUAGGGGUAAAUGUCAUCAAUUAUUACCCCUCCAAAAGAAAACAGUCUAAUUUUGCAUGUUUCAUGUGUAAAUGUAUUAUGCCUUACGAUCGCAUUAUAAUGGUAAACAGAUCGACAUGUAUUAUAUUCUAAAAUUAGCAUGGCGUCAUGUGCAGUUCGUAUUUCCGACCAUUUAACCCUGUAAUCUUACAUGCUAAUUCCGGAAAGUUCAUCCAGAUUUUCCGACGUGGUUUCCCCUUGUCAGUGGUGCAGAACGGAGGGCUGACAAGGACAGCUGUCUAGUUCUUCGGAUGAUACGAAAAACCGAGGUCCCGUGUAUAUAUUGGAAUGCACGUAAAAGAUCCCCUGGCAGUUGGAAUUCGAUAUAAGAGUAGGCGAUAGUGCCGCUGCCAGGGCAAAAUUUCCCUCAUAGCACACUGUAUGGCAUAUGCCCGUCUUCAUUGGCCCAGUAUAGGAGCGGAACAGUAGGACGUUAAACCCCAUUUCAUUUCAUUUCAUUUCAUUUGUAAUCUUACGCUGAAGAGUUUCCUGUAAUAUUUGUAAAUACAUUGACAUUUUGCAAUUGUGACCCCAUUUCUAUUUAUAUAUGGUAAUAGUAUUAAAUAUAUUAUCAUUUAUUUGUUUUAAAUCAUAUUGUUUAUCAUUGUCCAUCAACACCAAGAAUCUUGGUGGCGUAGUCAAAUGAGCCGUUAGCAGAGAUAGUUUGGACUGCAAGGGAAGACAACUCUGUUUGGAGAUUGAAUUCAUAUGUGUAACUGUGCAAGGUAAAGGCCUAGUAGUAGUAGCUGGUGGUUAAACAUCUGCUCAAGGCCUCUUAUAUACUAUUCAAAAAAAGUAGGGGAUAUUUGAUUUUGGGGGCA